AUAAUAAUGGUUCUGGAAAAGUAUGAUUAUGAUUUGUUGCGAUCAGUUGGAAAUAAUGAUAUUAAGAAGUUGCGAGAGAUGAUUGAUACAGGUGUGGACGUCAACCUGUGCGAGUAUGGAAAGGGUACAACACCUUUACAUAUUGCAGCGGCAAGAGGACAUAGACAGGCGAUGGAGCUGCUAGUGUUCCGUGGCGCAGAUGUCAAUGCACAGGACAAUCGUGGCAUCACUCCACUGCACUCAUUGGUUACCAAUAGAUAUGAUGUAAUGGCAUUAUGGCUCAUACGUCACGGCGCCAACAUCCACAUGCAGGACACCAAUGGCUACUCAUCGUACGACAUGGCGCACUCCUGGUUCCAGCGAGAGAUGGUGGCGGCAGCCGAGGGCAAGCCAGUGCUGUCGGAGGAUCUAGUUGAGCGCGGCCAGACACCAAUCAUCAACAAACCAUCAAUUCGCGAGAUAACACCAGUCACAGACACGACAGAAGUGAUCAAGUUCUUUUAUAGACAUGGCAAUUUCAAGAGUGUGAGGAUCAAUGCCAAUGAGACCGUGCGUGAUGUUAUAAAGAGGAUGGCUGAGAAGUUCAACAUGACGGCCUACGACAAGUGUUUUGAUAUAAUGGAGGUGAUCAAGACUGAGAGCAGAUACAUGCCUGGCAAUGAACCAUUAUUGGCUGCACGUAGCAAGUGGCCAAUCAUAGUUGGAGCAACUGGUAACGAGACAACCCUCCACUGUCGAUUCGAAAUCACCAUAAGAAAGAGUGCUCCAUCCGAAGCCAUCGACCUAUUCUCACGUGUG